GGAAUUCCCUCUAGGAGCGCUGCAUGGCUAUAUAAUGAUCAGAUGAGGCAACGAUGACAACACACCUAUCAGUUUACGCCACACCUGAGUCAAAGAUCUCGGAAUCAUGAUGCCAAACUUUUAUUUCUACCUUGCCAGCUGUGUGCUGCUGCUCGCCUUGUCCUGCCAAGUCUCAAUGGGAACCCCAAUGCGCAUGCCGCGGAGUUUAGACUCUGAGAAAUGCUCGCAGUGCGCUGACCUCUCCAGAAAGCUCGUCAAGAAUGUUAAAAAGCUCCUGGACAACGAAAACCUGUUUGGGGGUUUAAACUGCUCGGAGCAGCGCGUGGAGGUGAACAGUAAGACCCAGACAGUCCUAGCCUGCGAACCCAACACGGACAUGAACACAAGAUGCUCUGGUCAACGGAACACCACAUUCAGUGAGAGUGAGUGUCUGAGGAACAUCCGAAUAGACCUAGAACAUUAUGCUGCCUCACUACAGGCUUACAAACAGGCCGACCUCAGCUCCACUGCCCAGGACACCCAGAACCUACUCAAUAUUUGUCCAUCCACACAAUGGGUGUCUUCCUCACAGGUUGCAGACCCUAAGCUGACCAGUGGUGACCCUGUGGACCAGAGGGUCCAUCUGUGUAAGGUACUGAAGGGCUUCCACCUCCGGGUCAUCACCAUCAGCAGAGCCAUGGGAUACAUCUCUGCUGGGGACCACAGGAAGUAAACCCUCAUCUUCAACACCAUCCGAUUCCUCAUCAUCAUCAACUAUAACACGUAUUGACAAUCAUCUUCAUCG